AUCAAGAAAAGUAAAUAAAGAUGUCUCUACUCUUCAAAUCUCUGGUGUAGCUUGUUGAAAAACUGCCUGAAUUUUCACACUGAAUCGGACCACGCUGUUAAAUUUCUUUUCACAGUCGUUUAUAUCUCAAGCAGAUAUGGCACCACGUUAUGAAAUCGCUGUUGGCCUCAACAAAGGUCACAAAACAUCAAAAAUUCGUGUAGCAAAAAGCAAAGCUGAACAAGCUAAAACUGUUACACUCAGACCAGCUCGUCUCAAGGGACGUGUUACCAAACACAGUAAAUUUGUUCGUGACUUGGUUCGUGAAGUUACUGGACAUGCUCCAUAUGAAAAACGUGCUAUGGAAUUGUUGAAAGUGUCAAAGGACAAGCGUGCUUUGAAAUUCUUGAAAAGAAGACUUGGAACACACAUUCGUGCCAAGAGGAAGCGUGAAGAACUUGGAACAGUUCUUGUCCAAAUGAGAAAAGCUGCUGCUGCACAUCAUUAAUUUUUUUAUUUAUAAAUAAAUUUUCUUUCCAUCAAAACAAAUCUUGUCUGAUGGUGUCAAUAAUUUUGAUAUGAAUUCAAUAAAAAUGAAAAAAAUAUAAUUAACAAAAUUAA